AUGAUGACGUGCCGUCUGCUGUGCGCCCUGUUGGUGCUUGCCCUGUGCUGCUGCUUCCCGUUUGUGCACGCGGGAGACACUCAGCCUAAAGCUGCCGCUUCUUCCAAAACGGCCACAAUACCGGCAUCAACUAUGUCUGGAGCUAAUGGAAGCGCCCCCAGUCAAUUGACCCCUUCAUCAGUGACACCACAGGAGGCCGAUCAGCUAGGGUCAUCAAGUAAUGGGGUCUCUGCGGAACGCGGAAAUACUGCGGGAGAUGCAGGGAAUUCGCCCAGUCCGCAUUCGCAAUCAAGUGGUGCGCAUAAUACGGUACAAAGAGAAGGUACGGAAGACACGACAGGGACAAAAAGUGGCACGAGUGCAUCCACAGAACAAGCAAAUAAGAAUGUCGACGAUUCUACCGAGGAGACCACUACUACGACCACUGCGCCAGAGGCACCAACCACCACGACCACCACCACUACAACACAGCCACCAAGUACUACGACUACAGAGGCGCCAACCACGACGACGACCCGCGCACCGUCACGUCUUCGCAGAAUCGACGGCAGCCUCAGCAGCUCUGCGUGGGUGUGUGCCCCGCUGGUGCUCGCCGCAUCCGCGCUGGCGUACACCGCUCUGGGCUGA